AUGGUCGGCGGGCAGGACUAUCACUCGAACAAGCUCCGGCCCCACGAUACAAAAGUUGGAGAGCUUCCACUCCGGCUCAAAAAGCUCCGCAGUCCGUCCUCCGAACGUCACCCACGCAUACCCAGCACAAAACGACUCGUCAACAACUCAUUCGGCAUACCUUCCUCCAACGACCGAACCCCCCCCUCCACAAUGGCCAACCCAAACGACCCGCCCCUGGACGAGAUCCAAUGGCGCGCCCCCGACAUCGCGGCCUCGAUGCAGGGCAUCCACUCCAACAGCGUGCUCUUCUACUUUGCCGAGUCGCCCUUUUUCGACCGUCAGUCCAACAACGCCGUCAUCACGAACCAGGCCAUGUUCAACCCGGCCUUACUCAAGAACCUCGCCACGCGCGAGGCGUUCGAGAGCGAGCUCGACAAGAUGGCCGGCCUCGAGUUCAGGGUCCUGCACGCGCCCGCCGACAUGGUCAUGGGCACGGGCGUGUGGACGAUUGUGAAGCAGACGAGGCAGAAGAACCUCGACCGCGGGCGCAUGGAGACGAAGCCAUUGGCGUAUUACUUUGUCGUCGGCGAGAAUAUCUAUCAGGCGCCGACGCUGGGCGAUCUUCUCAGUUCGAGGAUUGAAUCAAUUGCCGAAUCAAUGAGAAAGGUUCUUCCCGCGGCCGACAGCGUACGCAAGUGGACGCCCUCCCUAGGCCACGUCUACACCCAACCGACGCCCCCCUCAGCCCUCGCCCGCGCGAAAGAUGGAGCGGCAGCGGCAGCAGCAGACACACCCGCCGCCGAAGGCGCAACGAACGGCAGCAAGACCUCGGCGGGCGGCAAAACAGGCAGCAACAGCAAAAAGGACUCGACGGCCAACGCGUUGGACAGGCUGGCGGAGGAGUCCUUUGCGAUCCAUAUGCGCCACGGCGGCGACUACUUUGACGAGAACCCGAUCACGGGCAGGCCCGGCGACUUCCACUUUGCAAGCACGGGGCGCAAGGACAAGAUUGCGCCGCCGCCUCCGCCAUCGUCGGCGCAGCCCAAGCCGGUGAUUAAUACUAAGUUGGCGGAGGAGGCCAAGAAGGAGGGUAAGGAGGGCAAGAGUCCCAAGACGCCCAACGGACCGAAGCCGAAGAGGAAGAAGAGCAAGAUUGCGACGCCGGCUACGACGCCUGGCCCGUCUUCACAGGAGUCUUCACUGCCUAACCGGGGCCUCUGCAGCCCGAUGAACCCCUCGACCAUACGGCCCAGGUACUUGUUGUUGAGAGCUGGCGAUGAUUCAUCGGCUAUAGAGCCUCGCGGGUAUCCUGCAGGUAUUCCGAGGCGUCCCUCGCAGUGGAUUGGGCUCGCGUACACUUUCCAUCUCAGAACCUACCAUGACCUGUGA